UGAAUCCACCCCUUCGGAAUACCCUGUUUAUCCGACUGAUUCGCUUUGCGCAUUCCAUACGGUGUUGACGUUCUUUAUUAUGUGCUUUAGUAUUAUUCAUAUUGUUUUCGAGGAUAUCUCAACUUAAUCUAACAGCAGCAUACUUUACACGGCUUAAUAAAUUCGUCAACAACGUAUGCCGAGAGCUUUUUUUUUUCAGCGCCACUGUAUUUUGAUCAGGCAUUAAGGUAGCCAUCUAGACGUCGAACACCCUGGAAACCUUAGCUUCAUGCAUAGAUUUUCACCAGUUUCUCUAAAAUCCAAUUGAUUACGAACACAGCAUAUUUCUUAUGCGAUCGCGAUGGGAGCCACCAGCCUGGAUAAGAUCAAAGCCCUGCAGAGAAACGCGGCUUAUGUUAGAAACCUCUGCAUUCUGGCACAUGUUGAUCACGGCAAAACUACUCUGGCUGACUGCCUUGUGGCAAGUAAUGGGAUCAUAUCAAGUCGACUGGCUGGGAAGCUGAGAUAUCUGGACAGCAGAGAGGAUGAACAGGUUAGAGGAAUAACCAUGAAGUCCAGCGCUAUCUCUUUGCACUACAGCACAGGUGAUCAGGAGUACCUUCUAAAUCUGAUUGAUUCUCCUGGUCACGUUGACUUCUCCUCGGAGGUUUCCACAGCUGUCAGGCUGUGUGAUGGAGCCAUCGUAGUUGUUGAUGCUGUGGAGGGUGUAUGUCCACAGACCCAGGUUGUACUCCGGCAAGCAUGGAUGGAGAACAUCAAGCCUGUUCUUGUCAUUAAUAAGAUAGACAGACUUAUUGUUGAGCUGAAACUCACCUCUUUGGAAGCCUACACCCACCUGCAGAAGAUCCUGGAACAGAUAAAUGCUGUGACAGGGACUCUGUUCGCAUCCAAAGUCCUGGAAGAGCGAGCAGAGAAAGUGAAGGAGGAGGUCGACAGGGACAAGGACUUGGGUGGAGGUCAGGUUUAUGACUGGAGCACUGGACUGGAGGAAGCUGACGACUCUCACCUCUACUUUUCUCCCGAACAAGGAAAUGUGGUGUUUGCAAGCGCCAUAGACGGAUGGGGUUUCAGCAUUCAGGAUUUUGCCUACAUAUACAGUCAGAGAAUGGGAAUUAGGAUUGAACUGCUACUGAAAACCUUGUGGGGAGAUUUCUACAUCAACACAAAAACAAAGAGGAUCAUGAAAGGAGCUCAGGCCAAAGAAAAGAAGCCGCUGUUUGUGCAGCUUGUGUUGGAUAACAUUUGGAGUUUGUAUGAUGCAGUUGUUAUUAGAAGAGACAGGCUGAAAGUGGAAAAGGUGGUAACAUCACUUGGGAUAAAGGUGAUGACAAGGGACCUGCGUCACUCUGACCCAAAAAUCCUGUUAUAUGGUAUCUGCAGCCAGUGGUUACCAGUGUCCAGUGCUGUCCUCUCAAUGGUGUGUGAGAAGCUUCCCAGUCCAUUAGAAGUGUCAGCAGAGAGAGUGGAGAAGCUAAUGAGUAUUGGAACCCGUCGAUUUGAUUCACUACCUAAAAAGACACAAGAAUUGAAGACAGCAUUCCUCCAGUGCUCCAGUGGGACAAAUGCUCCAGUCAUCAUCUUUGUGUCUAAAAUGUUUGCUGUGGACACAAAGGCCUUGCCUCAGAAUAGACAGAGGCCUCUGAACCAGGAGGAGAUUGCUCAGCGCAGAGAAAUGGCAAGGCAAAGGCAUGCUGAAAGGGUGGCGGCAGAGAGCCUUGAAGGGGCCACCCUUUCAGAUAAUACUCCAGUGGAAGCUAAGAUGACAAGUCUGACUCUAAAGUCAGUGGAGGAAGAGGAACAGAAGCAGGUCUUCAUGGCAUUUGCACGUAUCUACAGUGGGAUGGUCAAGAAAGGUCAAAGGGUUUUUGUUCUGGGACCAAAGUAUGACCCUACUCAGGGCCUGAGCUUGCUGCCAGAGGGAUGCAGUGCAUCAGACUGUGGUCCGCAAGUACCCCAUCUGUCCUGUUGUACCUUGGAAAACCUUUACCUGCUUAUGGGCCGAGAGCUGGAGGAGCUAGAAGAAGUCCCUGCUGGAAAUGUCUUGGGCAUUGGAGGUCUGGAGGAGUAUGUGUUAAAGACGGCUACCCUGUCAACUUCCUCAGCUUGUCCCCCCUUCACUCCACUCAACUUUGAAGCUGCCCCAAUUGUACGAGUUGCUGUAGAACCAAAACAUCCAAGUGAUAUGCCGAAGCUGGUACGUGGGAUGCGUUUGUUGAACCAGGCAGAUCCAUGUGCUGAGGUUUUGAUUCAGGAAACAGGAGAACAUGUUCUGGUUACUGCUGGUGAGGUCCAUCUUCAACGCUGCCUGGAUGACCUCAGAGAACGGUUUAUAAAUACAGAGAUUACUGUGUCGAAGCCCAUAGUUCCAUUCAGAGAAACUGUGGUACGGCCUCCAAAGGUGGAUAUGGUGAAUAAGGAACUCGGCAAGCAACAAAAAGUUGCUGUCAUUCAUCAGGUGAAAGAAGAGCCUUCUCAGGGUCAUUCAUCUGAGUCCCAGCAUGUGGACCCCGACGGUCUGGUUACUCUCACCACUCCCAACAGACUUGCUACUGUUUCUGUGCGGGCCAUACCAUUACCACAGGAGGUGACUGUUCUUUUGGAGAAAAGCUCAGAGUUAAUUCGGACUCUGGAGCUGAUAAACCUAUCCCUCAGGGAGGGGAAAACUAUGGACAUAAAUCUCAGGACACUGGAGGCCAUUGCAGAACUGAAAGACCAUCUCCAGAACUUCCUGCAGGGAAGAAAGUGGCGGAAUGCUGUGGAACAGAUCUGGGCUUUUGGGCCUCGCAGGUAUGGUACCAACAUUCUUCUGAACAGCAUUAAAGACUACAACCGACCGUCGGUGUGGCAGUGUCUUGAGUGGAGACACAGUAAUGAUCCAGCCAGAGCUGCGGCUUUUUCACUCCGAGACUUUGAUAACAGUAUUGUCAGUGGUUUCCAACUUGCAACUCUGUCUGGUCCCAUGUGUGAGGAAGCCUUGAUGGGAGUUUGCUUCUCAGUUGAGAAGUGGGAUGUCCAGUCUUCAGCUUUUUCACAACAUCCAGACACUUUGAAAGAGGAUUCUGUUUCACGUGAAGCUCUUCAAGAGGUCAGUUCACAUGGAAACAGUAUAGAUAUGAUAGCAGAGCGUAACUUGGCAGAACGAAGGACAGAUGCUUUCUCUGGAGACUGCUAUGGGCCAGUCUCCGGCCAGCUGAUCGCUUCCAUGAAGGAGGCAUGCCGGCACGCCUUCCAGGCUCAGCCCCAGAGACUUAUGGCAGCUAUGUACACUUGUGAGAUCAUGGCAACUGGAGAAGUGCUUGGUCGGGUUUAUGGUGUACUUGGAAAACGAGAUGGUCGAGUUCUCCAUGAAGAGAUGAAGGAAGGGACAGGUAUGUUCAUCAUCACAGCUGUUCUUCCUGUUGCUGAGAGCUUCGGGUUUGCUGAUGAGAUCCGCAAGAAGACCAGUGGAUUAGCCAGUCCGCAGCUGGUUUUCAGCCACUGGGAGGUGAUCAGCAGUGAUCCAUACUGGGUUCCUACCACGGAAGAAGAAUACCUGCAUUUUGGAGAGAAGGCAGAUUCUGUGAACCAGGCCCUCAAAUACAUGAAUGCUGUCCGCCGACGGAAAGGUCUUUAUGUGGAAGAGAAGAUUGUUAAGCAUGCAGAGAAACAAAGGACUCUUGGCAAAAACAAGUAGAGGACAUUGCUCUGUUUCUUGUUAUAAUGUGUCCCUCUGAUAAUGCUCACAACUGUCCAUUCAGUAUUUGUGGCGGACUGUACUUAGGGUCACCAUGCAGCAUGUAGCUCUCAUUUUGUGCUCAAAUAUUUCAUGGCAGCAGAACUAUCUCAAUGCUUAGAGCACACUUAAGUUUCUGAAUGAAAGGAGAUUGAAUGAUAUUGAGAAUAAAGUCUAUUGCAUCAUGGAA